AUGUGGUCCAUCUCUUGCACCCUUGUAUCUUAUUUGCUCACCGCUCUGGCCCACCCGGGACGAGUACCAGAAUCAUGGCGACCGACGCUAUGGCAAGAGGAACAUCCCGAUAAACCUGGUAUACCACUGCCUCUCAAAGCCGCUGAUACCCCACCCGACCCCGCCGCUGCGUCCGAUGUCCGUGCCAACCCUCCCGCGAAACCAAACCUGUAUCCCGUGGCACCCCCGGCCGUCCAUGCUGCAGGCACUGCCAUGCUGCUUGCUGACGGCCGCCACCGCUUCUGCGUCCACUGUAACGUUUUCAAACCUGAUCGCGCUCACCACUGCACCUCCUGCCGUGAAUGUGUGCUGCGAAUGGAUCACCACUGCCCUUUCACUGGCAACUCAUGUGUCGGUUUUUUGAAUCGCAAAUACUUUGUCCUCUUUCUCUACUACGCCACCCUCUCCUGUUCCCUAGUUGCUACACUAACCCCUGGCGCUAUCCUCAACCGUCUACUCGAGCUAGAAGCACGCCCGACUAUCGCCGCACUUGCUGGUGUCAUCCUGCAGAUGAUGGGUUAUGUGCUCUGCGCGUUACACGCCCUCGCCCUCGCCCCUUUCUCCGCAUUCCACACUUACCUCGUUCUCAAGAACAGGACAACUAUUGAAAACCAAGAAGCCCGACCCGCUGUCCACGCCGAUGUCCUUCGCCGUUCAGAUCAAGGGUGGCUCAACAACUGGAAGGGCGUAUUUGGACCACGCCCUUUGCUCUGGUUCGUACCUGUCACUAUUGGUCGCGACGCGGAUGUGAUUGAUCCUCCACAACGGCCAGCAGACGAGCUUGUGUAGCUUACUUCUGGUAGUCACCGUUGUGUUAUAACUACGUGUGGUGCCACAUUUGUCAAUAAAAGGGUAGUUGACCCCAGUGUGCUCAUGAUGCUCAUGGCUAU